GUGAACGUUUACUUCCGUUCAGUAAGAGUUCGAAGGUCACGGUCGUGAUUGUGAUGACAUUCGGGACUCGUUGCACGCGUUGUGCAUUUUCAUAAAAUGUUUACAGUUGAGUCGCACGGAUUUCGUCUUCUAAGAAGACUGUCAGCCGCUGUGUACGGAAAGCGGAAUGUUGGGUCCGCUGCCGAACACAUGGGCGACUCGAGACUUUUGGCAGACGACAGUGACCACAUGUGGGUGGGGGAGGGGGGCGGUAGGUCGGGAAUGCAGCACACUCCAGUGAUGGUCCGAGAGGUUCUAGACUGUUUAGAUCCUCAACCAGGACAGGUGUAUGUGGAUAUGACAUUUGGUGCUGGAGGCCACACGAAGGCUAUACUGGCAGCACAACCGGACACCGUUGUGUAUGCCAUGGACAGGGACCCUGCUGCACACAACAUGGCACAGAACAUGGCCAAGCAGUAUGGCAGAGCCAUCCGUCCCGUGCUGGGCCGCUUCAGUGAGCUGCUGUACCUGCUGAGUUCCCAGAACGUGCAGGAGAACACCGUGGAUGGAUUCCUGUUUGAUGUAGGAGCCUCCUCCAUGCAGUUUGACCAGGGUGGCCGAGGGUUCGCUCUGAGCCAGGAUGGGCCACUGGACAUGCGGAUGGAUGGGGAGAGGUUUGGGAACAAACAGCCGACAGCAGCAGAUGUGGUAAACUCCCUGGGUGAGGAUGAUCUGUAUGGCAUUAUUAAGACAUACGGGGAGGAGAGACAUGCACGGAAGAUUUCCUCUGCGAUUGUGGAUGCUCGAAACAAGAGACCAAUCACAACAACCAAACAGCUCGCUGGGAUCGUGGCUUCUGCACUUGCUCCUCCUGGUGUUUUCUUUAGCUUUGACAAACUGAACCGGGCAGUUCACCCAGCCACAAAAACUUUCCAAGCCCUUAGGAUCUUUGUGAAUGACGAGCUGAAUGAACUGUACCAAGGACUGCAGGCUGCUAGAUACUUUUUAAAACCUGGUGGGCGUGCCAUUGUGAUAACUUUCCACUCUCUGGAAGAUCGUGUUGCAAAACGAUAUUUCCAAGGUGCGAACAUAAGGCAGCACGGUGGGACGAGUAUUCACCAGAAGAAGCGAGAGGGGGACCUUCUGAAGGAGGAGGGACUUCCAGAGGUGGAAAUGCAGGGGCCGAGGAAGGAGUGGACAAUACUGACCAGUAAGGUGAUGAGACCACACUGGGCUGAAGUGAUGGAGAAUCCGCGAGCAAGAUCAGCUAAGCUUCGAGCUGCCAUCAAGAACUAAGUUCAUUGUACAAAUGGGUGCAACUACAGCUGGACACUUGCAUGAGGAUGAACUUGCAUUUCCCUACAGCGUGGUUGUCACUCCAAGACAUCAUGUCAUAUCUACAGGCAUAACAACAGAUGACUGUUCCUACAAGGUAAAUCUUUGAUAACAGAUUGUGUCAUCACAAGGAUAUGCCUCUGUCAACCUGGUUUCUAUAGUCACUUUGAAGAGUGUGCAAGCAGCUAGCCAGAAUCUUUGACCAGAAACUUUAGAUCUUGAAACUGGUAAGAGGAAUGUAAUGGAAAGAUUUGUACAUUUGUAGUACAUGUGUAGUUAAUUGUACAGUGGGAAGGAGGGACAUCAGAAAAGUUUUUAAACUUCCUCUACCCUCCAUAUGGAUCAGUCCAUGGAGCUAGCAAACCUUCAAAGCCAGUGACCAUUUUUGGUCCUAAGAUGAAAGACCCUGUCUGCCUGACUUGCUGUCAAAACAUGGAGAGAGCUGCAUUGUGUUAUGAAGUUAUGCUAGCAUAAGACAAAAUGAUUUCCAGUAUGUUGUGUCAGUCCAACUUGAAUCAAGUAGCAAACAGUUAGAAAUCAUCAAAACAGGAAACACUGAUGUUGAUUGUUUAUUGAUACUUUCACUGUGAUAUUUCUUAUUAACUGCUCUUUAACUAUAUGGUGCUAGCAUAAACAUUAGAUCUAAUGCAUUAUGAAAUACUUCAUUAUAUAUUGUUGGGAGGAAAGCUGCCAUACUACAAGUUUCUUAUUUCCAUGUCUUCAUAUGAAAACACCGUUUACAGAUUUACAAAGUUCAGAUGUUGACCUUACAGAGUGUGACCCAAACAUAUUCACAAAUAACCUUCAAAACAUUGCAACUUGUACAUGUAUGCAGAACAAAUUGUUCUCAGUUUUGGCAUGCCCUGCACAUAGUAAGCUCGGCAAUCACUUGCUUUGUGUGAUAAACAAAGCAUGACCCAUUUCAUACCUUUGUGGUAAUAACAGAUAUUAUGGGUCAAUAAAUUAAGGCAAAAACAUAGCCUAUUUAGCUAGAUUUAACACUUUCAUAGACAGUAAAGUAGACCAUGAACAAGAGCCCAAACCUCCCCUAAGGCAGCAUAUAGCUCCUAUAUAGCAUAUAGCU